GUGACUUGUACUCAAUACACAGAACUACCAUCAACCCCUUGAACUGCCCAACGCCUGGAACUUCUUCGGCGCAAAGUUUCUGCUGCUAUCAUCAUCCGAGUUGUCUCCAUCAAAUGCAUGACAAGGGGUGCAGACACAAAUGUUCUUGAACGCCGCGGCGAGGGAUGCCAGCCGAGGCUCUCGCGCAACUAACCUACUUGUGGGAACGGGCCAAAGUAGAUACAGACACGAUGUCUGCUCUCUCCCCUAGUUUCGCACCACUGUCGCUACCGGGAUCUCCGGGAGGGGACUCGGCUCGUUUCGAGAGCGUGCUCAUACGUGGAAGCGGAGCAAGUGCGUCAAAGUUCCCUAGAAUACAAGCGUCAUUGUGGGACACUUACGUGAGCCCACCUAAAUAUACCGCGGGCACAUGAUCCAUCUGACUCUCGUUCAGACGGAGCACGUCUGCGAACGUGCGUGCCUUCGCAUGCGGCGCCCAUUGCCACGCGUGCUCCCUCUGCGUGUUGGCCACCGUGAAGGCCAUCUGCACCAAGUGUAAAGGUGCGGCGUGCGUCGAUGAUGGUUGCAAAGCGAGCACUUAUACUACAACGAAGGAACGCCGUCAGCGGAGGGCAUGGAUGCAUUGUCCAUGAAAACGUCGAGCAGGUUGAUCCACGCCGUGAGGACCUCAGUGUGCCGUCACAUCCGAUUGUACGCUUGUCCACACUGACGAUGGCGUUGAUCAUCCGUGAACUAUGCCAUGCUCGGCGAGAGCCUUAAUCACGAACCAUGAGGGCCGACCUAUGUAUGCAUGGUGUUGAUGUUGAGUAGUAAUGUGCUAGAAGGAGAGAUGGGC